CCUCUCCCAGCAGCCAGGCCUGUGUCACCCCCAGUCGCCGGGUGGGGCGGGGCGGCGGAGCGGGAUGGCGGCGGAGCGGGACGCCGAGGGCGAGGCGGCGGCGCGGCCGCUGCUCACCGACUUCUACCAGGCCACCAUGGCGCUGGGCUACUGGCGGGCGGGCCGCGCGCAGGACCCCGCCGAGUUCGAGCUCUUCUUCCGCCGCUGCCCGUUCGGCGGUGCCUUCGCCCUGGCCGCGGGCUUGCGCGACUGCCUGCGCUUCCUGCGCACUUUCCGUCUGCUGGACGCAGACGUGCAGUUCCUGGCCUCGAUGCUGCCACCGGACACGGAGCCCGCGUUCUUGGCGCACCUUCGGGCCCUUGACUGCUCCGCGGUGACAGUGCGGGCCCUGCCCGAGGGCUCCCUCGCUUUCCCAGGCGUUCCGCUGCUGCAGGUGUCAGGGCCGCUCCUGCUGGUGCAGCUGCUAGAGACGCCACUCCUCUGCCUGGUCAGCUAUGCCAGCUUGGUCGCCACCAAUGCAGCUCGACUUCGCCUGAUCGCAGGGCCCAAUAAGCGACUGCUGGAGCUUGGCCUGCGUCGUGCUCAGGGCCCAGACGGGGGUCUCACGGCCUCCACCUACUGCUACCUGGGCGGGUUUGACAGCAGCAGCAACGUACUUGCUGGGCAGCUUCGGGGUGUGCCGGUGGCUGGAACCCUGGCCCACUCCUUCAUCACUUCAUUUUCAGGCAGUGAGGUGCCCCCCGACCCGAUGUUGGCUCCAGCUUCUGGCAAGGGCCCCCGGGUGGACCUGGUUGCCAGCGUCAAGUUGUGGCUGGAGCGAGUGUGUGCCCAUCUGGGGCUGGGGCUGCAGGACCCACACCGGGGGGAGCAGGCAGCUUUUGUGGCCUAUGCACUUGCCUUUCCCCGGGCCUUCCAGGGCCUCUUAGACACAUACAGUGUGUGGAGGAGUGGUCUUCCUAAUUUCCUGGCAGUAGCCCUGGCACUGGGGGAGAUGGGCUACAGAGCAGUGGGUGUGAGGCUGGACAGUGGUGACCUACUUCAGCAGGCCCAGGAGAUCCGCAGGGCCUUCCAGACCACUGCUGCCCAGUUCCAGGCGCCCUGGCUGGAGGCUGUCCCCAUCGCUGUCAGCAACAACAUUGAUGAGGAAGAGCUGGCCAGACUGGCCCAGGAGGGCAGUGAGGUGAACAUCAUUGGCAUUGGCACUAGUGUGGUCACCUGUCCCCAACAGCCUUCCCUUGGCUGCGUCUACAAGCUGGUGUCAGUGGGAGGUCAACCUCGAAUGAAGCUGACCGAGGACCCCGAGAAGCAGACGCUGCCAGGGAGCAAGGCUGCUUUCCGGCUCCUUGGCUCUGAUGGGUCUCCGUUGUUGGACCUGCUUCAGUUGGCAGAAGAGCCACCGCCUCGGGCUGGGCAGGAACUGAGGGUCUGGCCUCGAGGGGCCCAGGAGCCCUGCACUGUGAGGCCAGCCCAGGUGGAGCCCCUGCUGCGACUCUGGCUGCAACAGGGAAAGCUGUGUGAGCCGCUGCCAUCCCUGGCAGAGUCCAGAGCCUUUGCCCAGCAGUCCCUCAGCCGCCUCAGCCCUGCCCACAGGCGGCUGCAGAGCCCUGCAAUGUACCAGGUUGCACUGUCUGAAAAGCUUCGGGCCCUGGUGGACAGUCUGAGUGCUGGCAGCCUCCCGUGAGAAUCCCAGGGGUGGAGGGUUUCUUGGAAACAACACGAGCCACUCCCUGUCCCUA